CACGGAAGUUGUGAUGGAACGGAACCUCUGACGUGUCGAGUCGUCGCCAUUUUCCUGAGGAAGGAAACGCCUUGAAGAAGGAAGGAAACAUAUCCACUGUGUUUUUUUGUUUGUUUGCCAAAGUAGGUUCCCAUCACCAGCUGCCAUGGGGAAUAUGUUCGCAGGGCUCUUUAAAAUGUUCGGGAAGAAGGAGAUGAGGAUCCUGAUGGUGGGUCUAGAUGCUGCAGGAAAGACCACUAUUUUGUACAAGCUCAAACUUGGAGAGAUUGUGACUACUAUUCCCACAAUAGGUUUCAACGUAGAGACGGUAGAGUACAAGAACAUCAGUUUCACGGUGUGGGAUGUCGGUGGUCAAGACAAAAUUCGACCGCUGUGGCGUCAUUACUUCCAGAACACACAGGGUCUCAUCUUUGUUGUGGACAGCAACGACAGAGAGCGGUGUACAGAGGCUCGUGAAGAGCUCAUGAGGAUGUUGGCAGAGGAGGAGCUGCAUGAUGCUGUCCUAUUAGUAUUUGCCAACAAACAGGACCUACCAAAUGCUAUGAACGCAGCAGAACUCACGGACAAGCUGGGGCUUCAUAGCCUACGCAAUAGACACUGGUACAUCCAGGCAACCUGUGCCACCACCGGGGACGGCCUCUAUGAAGGACUGGAUUGGUUGUCUAAUCAGCUCAAGAACCAUUAAUAAUCAUCUGCUAUGCACAACUAAUCUACUCCACCCAAUCUCUGACCUUGCUCUCUACUCUUAAGGUGUUGCAAAACUGAGCUACCUUGUCCAAACAAAGUUCUGGAAGCUGCCCUCACCUGAGAUGUUGUUAUCACAAACAUACAGGCCAGUGGUGGGGGUAAUCUAUUCUUGUAAAGCUGUCAGGUUUUUUUUAUUUUAUGUUAUUUUAUGUAACUGUAAAUAUAUUUGGUAAUGGGGCAGCUUAUUGCACUCUUUACAAAUGGUUAUUUCUCUUUCUGGUUGUUGGACAGUCAUGUGUGCGUUGAAUAAGAAAAGGGACGAGAGGAACAAUAAUUUACCAGCACAUGUUGGCCCCAGGACCUCAAUGCAAUCUAAUGACUUGACAUACUGUAGAGAAUGAUCCACGAGGGGCUUUUAAUUUUCUAGAAACUGAAUUAAACACAGAUGCACUACUUGCAGCUAUUCUGGUUACUUUAACCAGUAGCAGCGAUUACAUGCACCAGCCUCCCAACUUACCAUUUAAUAAACACUGGCUUUGGCAAAUUUGUACUCUGUACUGACAUCUCCCUCAAGUUGAGAACUCCCAUCUGUGAACACUUACCAGCCUUUGAUAUAACGUGCGUUGGCUUGAAUUAAGAACUGCUGCAGUGACGUCACAUCUGCCUGCUUUAUGGUUAUUUGAAAGGCAGUCUGUGAGUCGGCAUUAGAUUUUUGUAUUUCUGAGUCUCAGGUUUAUCAUCUGCUGCCUUCGCAGCGAAACUGCAUGAUGUGGUCUGUUAGUCAUUAAGGACAUGCAUAUUUACUGGGUGUUUACAUCAUUAGGCUGCACAGGAACUAUUACCCCACUGAGUACUCAUUUCAACAGCCCUAAACUGUAACUUGUGUGUACUGUGUUAGGUAAUUGUAACUAAAUUAGUUAUACACUACAGUGACCCUAUGGUCUUGAUUAAAGGCUUUAGCAAGUCAUGCCUUUUUUAUAUUCAGUUCAGAAUCUGGGAAAUGGUGUUUUGAUGGCAAUACAAAAUCAGUUUUGGAUACAUGUUUAACAUAAUGCCAGUAUUUCUUCCUUUGCAGCUGACUGUCCCUGGGGUAAAAAGGAACCCAGAAAUAUGCCUUCUUAUCAAAGACACGCGUUGCCUCUUAUUUUCAAGCUUUUCUAAAAGGUGUGGGUAUAACUUCUCUCAAGAUGUAUCGGAUGUGCAUUUUUCUUUUUGAUUUAUGACUGCCUAUAUAUUUGAAAACUAUGUUAAUCUCUUAGGUUUGUCUGUUUUUUAUGUAAAGCUUUUGUGAGAAAAAGGCACUGUAAUUAAAGUGACUGGAUUAAAAAAAACAA